ACAGUUUAUUGUCAAAUACUUCCACACACACUUGAUAAGUUUUUCUACUACUUAGCUUCUGCAGUCAUUUAAUUUGAUAAACUGUUAUAAUAUGGACGCCACAGUAGAUGACUUCUUGAAUGAAAUAAAUGAAUUGGUGCCUCUAAAAGAGGACACCUCGGCCUGGCAAGAAUGUUUCGACGACAAAAGCGGAUUCCACUAUUAUUGGAACACCAAAACGGAUGAAGUCACAUGGUCCAAACCAGAUGAAUAUCAACCAAUGAAAAAAUCAAACAAACCAUUUCUACCACCGCAGAGGGUGCAAGUCCCACCUGCUGCUGUGAAGAUUUACAAAAUCGGCGACACCAACCAACCCAUAUCCUUAAAUGGGAACAGCUUUAAGGACAAACCAAAAAGUAAACCACCAACAAAGCCGCCACAAAAGGAUCCAGGGAAACCAGUUGGUCGGUUUAAAAAGCCUAGUAGUGAUUCGGAAGAUGAAAAAAUUGUUUUAAUUUCAUCAUAUGGUGGUGACACAGAAUCUGAAAGUGAUGAAGAUGAUAAUUCUACCAAAAAAAGUGAUUCAACACGUCGUUCCCCAUUGGGUGGGUUUAAGAAACCAGCAACCACAGGACCCCUGUUCCCAAUUCAAACUCAACCCAAUGCAAAUAAAGAAAUUAAAACUGAAUCAAAUGUUGCCUCACAACCUGCAAAAAAACUAAACACAAUCGCAGGAUUUUCACUAGUCGCAGGAUACAGUGACAGUGAAGAUGAGGAGGAGAAUGAGGAAGUGAAAACUAUAUUUCCAUUGCCUCAGCCCCAGACGGUUGAAAACAAAGUCUCCCAUAGCACACUGUUUCCCAUUACUAAGCCCAUUGAUGUGAAGGAUUUCAUGGAACACCAGGAGCAAGAGAAGGUGAAGGAAGAGACUACUCAGAAGGCGGAUUUCGUAGACGUUAAAGCGUUUCAGAGGAAAAGGCGAAUAGGUAUUGACUUAGUUAACAAUAGCAAAAAACCUAAGGAAGACAAUGAAGAGGGUCUAGAGAGGAAAGGUUUUGGAUUUUCUUCUGAAGGCGCCAAGACAAACACAUACCCGGGUUUUCAAAAGGGGGGUGUUUUGUUCAUUAAGUCGGACGUGCUGAAUCCGGCAAGUGAGGAGGUCAAAAGGGAUGAAAGUGAUGAAACAGGAGGGAAAACCAGGAAACAAGUUGAGGAUUUGUACACGACGCUGAAAGAAAAAUUGGGAUUUUUGAGUGAGGGAAGGUCUGAAGUGUCUCCUGUCCAAGUCAUGAUUAUUCAGGCAGAGAUGUUGUUUCUGGCAAUGAAAGAAGGCGGACUGAAGCAGACGUAUCUGGAAAAGUGGCUGAAAGAAACGUGUUCAGACCUAAUAAAAUUGGAGAAAGAGGCCACCCCAGAUGGUUGGAGUUUAAAAUGGGAUAGGUCACACAAACGGUACUAUUAUCAGAACGACUCGACGGGCGAGGGCCAGUGGGAGUACCCGCAGCCCGACGUCGUGCGGUGCGACGAGGCGAUGGACAUUUCGACGACGCCGCCACCGCCCGACGAACUGGAAACACCUAGGGUUGGUGACGAACCUCGGUCCGACGGGGCAGAUGUGUUGUCGCCGCCGUUGCCGCCUAACAUUCAGUGUCCGACGCCGCCUCCUCCACCUCUGAUUAGCCAGGAGAAUGGGACACAAGCAGUAAUGCAAGAUGUUCCUUUACCUCCGGACCCCAAAAAAUCGCACAAUCAGCCGUUACCACCCGGAGUAGAUCCACCAACCAAUACUGAUAAGAAAAAGGACCAACCUAUUAGUGAGUCUUUAACUACAGCAUUAGAUUCAUUUUACUCAGAUAUUGCGGCAAUAGAAAAUUCUAAUUCGCCACCUGUACCUCCAGAAGAAACCAAAGUUGAGGCAGUAGAUAAGUUAACUGAAUCAGGGAAGAAAAAGAAGAAGACAAAGGUAAAAUUAACACAAGGAUUAUCAAUGAAGAAAAAAGGAGUAUCUAAACUAGUUGAAAAAUGGAAAAAUGUACAAUUAGGUCUUGAUAAUUAAUAAAUGUAUUGGUAUAUGUAA